AUGGACACUCAAGAUGUCUCUCAAGCACCGGAAUACCUGCCAUACCUACAGAAACAGAAGCGAAUUCUCCAAAAUGCGCAACUCCACCGGGGCAAGGCUCUCAAGCCCACCAAGUCUCGCGACGAAAUCAUAAUGGAGUUUAUGUUUUGUCGGAUGAUGUCUAGUAAUAAACUUGCUAACGACUAUGAGAUUCGCUCGUCCUUUGUGCCUCCAGCCUACCCGCCCUCUGUUGCUGCUUUGAGUACCCUGAAACCCGUACUCAUCAGAGAUCUUACUCUCGAAACCCAUCAUCGUGGAUUUUACAUUCUGCUUAGAGCAGUCACACCGACAGAUAGAAUGACUGCGGUGAUGGUGGUAGUAGAAGAUGAAAGAGGGGAUGUUCUCAUGUUACAAGUAUACAAUCAGGAGGAAGAGCUCUCGACCGAUGGCCGUCUCGUCGAAGGGACAGUGAUACUUGUGAAGGAACCUUACUUGAAGAUCAUGGCUGAUGGUAAUUACGGAAUUCGAGUCGACCAUCUCUCUGACAUUAGAUUUCUCCCAAGCCAUGACCCUUUAGUACCCGUGUCAUGGGGAGGUCGACGCGGAAUGAAUCAAACGGCCAGCUAUUGCAAAACAAAAGGCAACGACCAUUUCAACAAGGGUCAGUACUAUCUUGCUAUUGAUUGGUACUCCAAGGCUCUGGAUACCUCCCCAACAACCGAUGAAGCCCUCAUAAUCAGGCUCAACCGCGCUCUUACUUAUCUCAAGAUUCACCAAUUUGACGCGGCCCUUUAUGACCUCAAAACUGUCUUAUCAGACCAGGAAUCUUCCGAAAAAGCCCUCUUUCGCAAAUCUCAGGCUCUUUACCAUCUCGCCAGAUUUGAAGAAUCCUGCAAAGUCCACCAAGUGCUCUUUGCCACAUUUCCGAAUAACACCACCGCUAAACUCGAGUUUAAUCGCGCCACUACACGACUUGCAGAACAGCGAACUGGGAAAUACCCUUUCAAGCACCUGCAACGAGAGGCAAAGAAACGUUGCCCGCCGCUCCUUGAUCGCGGAACCUAUAUCGGACCCGUGUCUGUCAGGCCAACGGAGUCUCGCGGUCGAGGCUUAUUCACGACAGAGGCUGUUCGAGCCGGUGAUCUAUUAUUUUGCGAGAAAGCCUUUGCGCAUGCAUUUCAUGACGAAGUUGCCGGUGCUUCAGGCAGCCUCUCGAUCUUGAUGAACCCGGAAACAAACACGAUCACAAUAGGUACUCAGGCGGACCUUAUCGUUUUAAUCGCACAGAAACUAUACAAAAACCCGUCGCUUAGGUCGAAGUUCACUGACCUUUAUCACGGCUCGUACCAUCCUGUUGAGGUCGCAGAAGUUGACGGUACACCUGUCGUAGACACCUUUCUCAUCGAGCGUAUAAUGUCACUCAACUGCUUCGGUUGCCCCCUCUCCUCCCGCGAGUCCCACCUGCGCACUAUGAAAGAGGCCGGAUCACAGUCAGAACCCUCUGAGAACAAGAAAUUCCACUCCUGCGGUGUCUGGCCUCUAGCAUCCUACAUCAACCAUUCCUGCUACAGCAAUGUUCGCCGCUCAUUCAUUGGUGAUAUGAUGAUCGUCCGUGCUACCCAGGAUCUCCCUGCGAAUACCGAGCUUUUUUUCUGGUACACACACCCCUCGGACAGCACUUCCAAGGCGAACCAACCCAAUCUAAAACACUGGGGCUUCAAGUGCAACUGCAUGAUCUGUCAAGAUUCCACCGAGACAGAGGAGAGUGAUCUGAUGAAGCGAAGGAGGCUCACAGCGGACUUGGUGAAUGCUUUUCAGGCCCUGAGCAAGCCCCGCAAGCCGAAGUCAGCUAUGGCUCGAAUUGAGGAACUUAUUUCUAAACUUGAGGAGACGUAUCGCAAGCCAGCCGUUCAAGCCCCACGUCUCGGUAUCUGGAAGGCGUAUUUGGGUGUAGCGGAGGCCCACGCCGCGCAGGGUGUCUUAGCGAAGACUGUUGAGUUUGCACUGAAGACUUUAGAGUCACUUGGGUAUGUGCUUGAAGGCGGGGGGGUCCCGUAUACUCCUGGUGCGCCGCUACACGUUAUGAAAUGGGGUCUGAUGAUGGAUGGACUUGUUAGAUGUUGGAUGAUUCUUUGCAGAGCGUAUUGCGAUUUAGCUCCUGAACUAGCAAGUCAAGCAGAGGACUAUGCUAGGAUCACCUAUAGGAUAUGCGUUGGUGAGGAUGAGACUUUUGCGGAUACGUACAGUCGAUUCUCAAAGGGGACAGAUGGGCUUCUUGAUGGGGUGGAAUAG